AUGCAACCAACAGCAUCUUCACAAUGCGCCUCGUCAUCCUCACCGUCGUCGAAACCACUCUUCAAAACAUACAAAAAGAUUCUGAAUGCCGGACGAGGCGGCCAACUACCUGAAUUCCGUACCGGUACAAAGGCCAUAUUCCACUACGAAGCGCUGAGACCAAUCGGAGGGAUUGACCCGGAUCUGGAGGGUUUCCCGCAGUCGAGGUGUGACCUUUGA